CUUUUCUUAUGUUUUCAGCACUUGAAUUGAAUCGAAUUAUGAAAGUAUAUUUUUAAAAUUUUAUCAAUGCAAUUAAUUUUUUUAAAAAGAAUGGAUGGUAACGUUUAAAAUGUAAAUUUUUUCGUAAAAAAUAAAUUUUUACUCUUGCCAGCCUGUUGAAAAAUCAUAUAUCGUCAUCCGUAAGUUGUUAUAGUUCAAGAUGCUUAGAAGAUUUUUACGUUAUUCAUCUUGUUGCGAAUCAUUUGGGUGCUUAUAUCGGAUGAAAUUUCAUACAAAUGCUGCUAAAAUUCUGUGUAUGUCAAGUUUCGACAAGGAUUUACCUAAUCCUUCUAUACCAACCCCUUUUAGCAAAACUCUUAAGCAUGAUACAGAUAUUCUGCUUGAACAGCUAAGAAAAGCUAAAUCUGUUGAAAGAAUUCUUGAACUUGCCGAAAGUCACUUAGAUGUUAUGAAUGCACAACAUCUAGUGACUAGUCUUCAAAUCAUACAUGAUUUUACCAGGAGUCAAGAUGAAUUCGAUACUACACUUUUAUUGGAAAAUAAAAUUUUUCAAGCUCUUUGCACGCGCAUCAUGAAAAUCAUCCGUGUCAUGGAAUCUCAAGAUCUCAUUACAAUUUACAAAGUUUUAUCUUUCUUAAAAGUGCGUAAUAAUACUUAUGUCAUGCAAUCAGUUCUCAAGAUGUUGGGCUCACAUUUGAAUGAUAUGAGUCUUGGACAGUUAGUUUUCUUGAACUUUCUUCUUGCAAAACAAAAGCACAAUGCUUUAGUCGAUGGACUAAGACUGGCUUUGCCACUUGUUUUACAAGUACAAAUUGAACAACAACUGGAUUCAGAUAAUAUGACUCAAGUGUCGGAAUGUUUUCAGUUAGCUUGCCGGUCCAAGCUAAAGCCUGCAGUUAUUGAAAAAAUUAUACACACUCUUCUAAAAAAGGCAAAAUCACUGUCUCCCAGCAAUGCAGUUACUGUGAUAUUUGCACUUCUUAGUUUAGAGAUACCGGUUGAUGGCUACAAAGAACUCAUUGAGUAUUCCUUUGAAGUUCUCUCAAAAAAUCUUGAUAUGAUUGAUUCAAAAAGUAUUCUGCCAAUCAUUCGCAGUUGCCGGGCACAAGGAUUUUAUCACAGUCGCUUUUUCUUUGAAGUUUCCAAAAAGAUGGUUUCCGAGAACUGGAACUUGGAGAAAACGUGGGAAACUAUCAGAUAUUGGAAGAAAUUGAAUUUUUGUCCUCAGAAUGUAAUGGACCAUUUAGUUCAUGUUCUUUGUGCAGAUGCUAGUACAUUUGUGACAUCCCCACUGUAUUCUCCUCUAAUCUGUUUAGAAUAUUUAACGAUAACAGGUUAUCAUCCUCCUCAUCUAGAAGAAUUAUUAACAUUAAUAUGCUCUUGUGAAAAAAAGAUUUCUAUUUUGAAAGAGACACCAAUACUUUAUUUCAAGUUUCUGACUAGUUUAACAACACUGGGACAUUUUCCUGAAAAUAUGUUGCACGAAAUUCUGAAUGAAAAUUAUUUAUUUACCAUGUGGUCUGCAAGCAGAAAACAAGGUAGAAAUCUUGACUUCGAGAGAUAUGCAUUUAAUCUUGUUUGGGCAUUGGAAGUGUAUGACCAAAAAGAUACAUUUUCUUUCCCAUCAACUGUUUUGAAAAGCUUGAUUCAGUCAGUCUGUGAAAGACAUGAAAAUUUUAAUUAUCCUCUACAAAAAUUCAUUGAAAAUGGACUUGGAGGAGAACAAUUUUUACAGAGUGGAGUCUUUUCUCGAGAUGGUCUGUCUGUUGAUCAUGUCCUUGCUAUGAGGAGUGGUAAUUAUCCUGUUGCAUUGUCUCAGUCAGAAUCAAGUACGUCUACCAAAAGAAAUCAAGUUAGUUUUAUAGAAGAUAUGAACUUACCCCCAGAUACAAAAAUUGUCACUGUAAUUUCUGCUACAGAAGAUCAAUACAUUAGAGAUCCAGAAGUUCUGAAGGGUUGGGUGGAUUUAAAAAUUAAGUGCUUAAGAAAGAAGAAACUUUACCCGGUGGUGAUAAAUUAUUCAAGUUGGAAGAAUUUACCAGAUCGUGAAAAAAUUCCAUUUUUAAUGCGUGAAAUUAAGGAAGCCGUUGAAGAAGACUGUAGUGAGAAGAAAACCUUCUACUGAUGUAAUUAAAUUCAGAAUUAUUUAUUUAAAAUCAUCAUGUUAAUAAAAUAGUUUUUAUUUUUAA